AGAAAACAGCCUCAGAAAGGUUGCUGACUCAGCCAAAGACACCAGGUUCUGAAGCCCCCUCUUACAUCAGAACUCUUUUCUAAUGAUCCUCUGAGUGUCAUCUCAGGACCCUGGGCACACUCAUGGCACGAUGGCCAACCCUCAGGAGCACCUGAGCUGCUCCUCUUCCCCACGCUUGCCUUUGAGUGAAAACAAAACCUUCAAUGGACUACAAGAUGACAUCGCACCUAUGCGAAGCCACCCUUCACCCAAGCUUCUUAAGGACCAGCAGGAAAAGGGGGUGGUGCAAACAGAGCUAACUGAGGGCAUGAACAGCCCCAUCACCACAACAGUGUUGACAAGCGUAAGCGAGGAUUCCAGGGACCAGUUUGAGAACAGCGUUCUUCAGCUAAGGGAACAAGAUGAAUCAGAGAUGGCCAUGUCUCACGGGAACAGCAACACUGUGGAUGGAGAGGGCACGAGUGGAACUGAAGACAUCAAGAUUCAGUUCAGCAGGUCGGGCAGCGGCAGUGGUGGGUUUCUUGAAGGACUAUUUGGAUGCUUAAGGCCUGUAUGGAAUAUCAUUGGGAAGGCAUAUUCCACUGAUUACAAAUUGCAGCAGCAAGAUACUUGGGAAGUGCCAUUUGAGGAGAUCUCAGAGCUGCAGUGGCUGGGUAGUGGAGCCCAGGGAGCUGUCUUCUUGGGCAAGUUCCGAGCGGAGGAGGUGGCCAUCAAGAAAGUGAGAGAGCAGAAUGAGACGGAUAUCAAGCAUUUGAGGAAGUUGAAGCACCCUAACAUCAUCGCUUUCAAGGGUGUUUGUACUCAGGCCCCAUGUUACUGUAUCAUCAUGGAAUACUGUGCCCAUGGACAACUUUAUGAGGUUUUGCGAGCUGGCAGGAAGAUCACACCUCGAUUGCUAGUAGAUUGGUCCACAGGAAUUGCAAGUGGAAUGAAUUAUUUACACCUCCAUAAAAUUAUUCAUCGUGAUCUCAAAUCACCUAAUGUUUUAGUGACUCACACAGAUGCAGUAAAAAUUUCAGAUUUUGGUACAUCUAAGGAACUUAGUGAUAAAAGUACCAAGAUGUCCUUCGCUGGCACAGUAGCAUGGAUGGCGCCAGAGGUGAUACGGAAUGAACCUGUCUCUGAAAAAGUCGAUAUAUGGUCUUUUGGAGUGGUGCUUUGGGAGCUGCUGACAGGAGAGAUCCCGUACAAAGAUGUAGACUCUUCAGCCAUUAUUUGGGGUGUUGGAAGCAAUAGCCUACACCUUCCAGUUCCUUCUACUUGCCCUGAUGGAUUCAAAAUCCUUAUGAAGCAGACAUGGCAGAGUAAACCUCGCAAUCGACCUUCUUUUCGACAGACACUCAUGCAUUUAGACAUUGCAUCUGCGGAUGUACUUGCCACCCCACAAGAAACUUACUUCAAGUCUCAGGCUGAAUGGAGAGAAGAAGUAAAAAAACACUUUGAGAAGAUCAAAAGUGAAGGAACUUGUAUCCACCGAUUAGAUGAAGAACUGAUUCGAAGGCGCAGAGAAGAGCUCAGGCAUGCUUUGGAUAUUCGUGAGCACUAUGAGAGAAAACUUGAGCGGGCUAAUAAUUUAUACAUGGAAUUGAGUGCCAUCAUGCUGCAGCUAGAAAUGCGGGAGAAGGAGCUAAUCAAGCGUGAGCAAGCAGUGGAGAAGAAGUAUCCUGGGACCUACAAACGACAUCCUGUCCGUCCAAUAAUCCACCCUAAUGCCAUGGAGAAACUCAUGAAGAGGAAAGGUGUGCCUCACAGACCUGGGAUGCAGACCAAGCGGCCAGAUCUGUUGAGAUCUGAAGGUAUCCCCAGUGUGGAAGUGGCUCCCACUGUAUCCCCUUUGUCCGGAAGUCCCAAAAUGUCCACCUCCAGCAGCAAGAGCCGAUAUCGGAGCAAACCACGCCACCGCCGCGGGAGUAGCCGAGGCAGCCAUAGUGACUUUGCGGCGAUCUUAAAAAGCCAGCCAGCCCGGGAAAAUUCACCCCAUCCCACUUACCUGCACCAGGUUCAGUCCGAAUACCCUUCUCCCCAUCACCGCAGUCCUCUGCAGCAGCAACACCAGCAACCCCCUCCUGCCACGUCUCAGAGUCACCGUCCCAGACUCGAUAUGCACGGACAGGACGUUGCAACCUGCGCCAACAACCUGAGGUAUUUUGGCCCCGCGGCGGCCCUGCGGAGCCCACUCAGCAGCCAUGCUCAAAGACAGAUGCCUGGCUCCAGCCCUGACCUCAUCUCCACAGCUGUGGCAGCAGAUUGCUGGAAAAGUUCUGAGCCCGACAAGGGCCAGGCUGGCCCCUGGGGCUGUUGUCAGGCUGACCCCUAUGACCCCUGCCUCCAGCGCAGGCCAGAACAGCAUGGGUCCUUAGACGUCCCCUCUGCCGAGCCCGUGGGGAGGAGCCCCAACCUUUUCAAGCCACCAGCACACAAUCCCCUCUCGGAAAACGCCCAAGUUUCUGAGAAAAUGGAAGAAAAGGAAUUCAGCGGCUGUGGGUCUGCAUCAUCCCUCAACACCUCUCAUCACAUCACCCCCCCAGCGCUACCUCGAAAAACAAGGCCCCUUCAGAAGAGUGGAGAUGACUCCUCUGAAGAGGAAGAAGGGGAAGUAGAUAGUGAAGUUGAAUUUCCACGAAGACAGAGGCCCCAUCGCUGUAUCAGCAGCUGCCAGUCGUAUUCAACCUUUAGCUCUGAGAAUUUCUCUGUGUCUGACGGAGAGGAAGGAAAUACCAGUGACCACUCAAACAGCCCUGAUGAGUUAAUGGAUAAACUCGAAGACCGCCUGGCAGAGAAGCUAGAUGACCUGCUGUCCCAGACGCCAGAGAUCCCCAUUGAGAUAUCCUCGCAUUCAGACGGGCUGUCUGACAAGGAGUGUGCUGUGCGCCGUGUGAAGACGCAGAUGUCUCUGGGCAAGCUGUGUACGGAGGACCGUGGCUAUGAGAAUCCUAUGCAGUUUGAAGAAUCGGACUGUGACUCUUCAGAUGGGGAGCGUUCUGAUGCCACAGUUAGGACCAAUAAACACUACAGCUCUGCUACUUGGUACUGUUUGUGUCCUGAGAGCUGCCUUCACAAGUCUCACUAUUUGUCAGAACUUACGGGAAAGGAAGACUUUUACAUGACUGGGUUUCCUGCAGCCAGGAAAAAUAGGUGAUGGGAAAAGCUGGUUUCUGGGGCUCUCUCGUCAGACACAUCCACAGAAGGAAGAGAUGACCAUGAUUUUCUUUUGUUAUCAUCUCUUUGUGAUUAUUCUGUCACAUCCUAGACAGGCACUCUUCUUCUCCCCUACGACUUCCCUGCUGCCCAUCUUACAGCUACUUCUGUGGUAUUAGUACCCUACUAUUAAAGUAUGCAUAAGAGGGAA